AAUAAACCAAAUCAAAGUCAAAAGUUGUUGAUCAUCAUUCAUAAAGGCUUGCAAAAACGGAUCAAAAGUGAUUAAAAAAUGUCUCUAAUGAUGAACGAUUCUCGCCCAUUUUUUGAAGAUUAUUCCCAAAAACCAAUGCAGCGUCAAUUUAGUCCAUACGCUGAUAAUGGAGGGAGCAUUAUUGCGAUAGCUGGUGAUGAUUUCGUUGUAAUCGGGGCAGAUACUCGUUUGAGUGCUGGAUAUUCAAUAUACACACGUGAUCAAAAUAAACUCUUCAAGUUAUCAACAAAUACUGUUUUGGGUUGUUCUGGUUGUUGGUGCGAUACCUUAACUCUAACAAGAAUUUUGAGUGCUCGUAUGCAGAUGUAUGAGCAAGAGCAUAAUAAAACCAUGUCGACUCCUGCUUGUGCUCAAAUGUUGUCGACCAUGCUUUAUUACAAAAGAUUCUUUCCUUAUUAUAUUUCUAAUAUAUUGGCAGGCUUGGACUCUGAAGGAAAAGGAUGUGUUUACAGUUAUGAUCCGAUAGGUCACACUGAGCGUUCAACUUAUAAGGCAGGUGGGUCGUCAGGAGUUUUACUGCAACCCCUACUUGAUAACCAGAUUGGUUUGAGUAAUAUGGUGAAUAUUCCUCAUAUACCCUUAACUAUUGAAAAAGCUGUUGGCAUUUUGAAAGAUACAUUUAUAUCAGCAGCAGAAAGAGAUAUACAUACUGGAGAUAGUAUCAGAAUUAAUAUUAUCACUAAAGAUGGUAUCAAGGAAGAUUCUUUUGAACUGAGGAAAGAUUAAUUUUUUGUAUUGUAUGUUUCAUUAAUUAAAAAUAUAAUACUUUUA